AAUACCUUCAGGUGGAUUGCAUAUUCAUUGUUUUAGUUUUUCUAGGAAUAAUAAAAGACCGCUUUAGGAGCUGAAUAGUGACGGAACUGAUUAUUAAUGUUAAAUUAAUACUGCGGUGGGCAGAAGAGGGGAUUUUCAGUUCCAAUUAUUUUUUAAAGCUUGGCGUUGCUUUACCCAACAAGAGGAAGAGUUGGUGGCGGAGAUGGUAAAGAGACGGCGACAAGCGGUGAAUGUGGCGGAGAUAACCCCUCAGUUCUUCAAGAUUAUUCUCUUUCCUCAUGCCUCUAAAUUACACAUUCCAGAUGAAUUUGUAAUGAAGUAUGGGGCCAACAUGCGAGAUCUUGUGUCCCUUGAGGUCCCAAGUGGUGCGCUAUGGAAAGUAAAAUUGCAAAACUCUAAUGGCAUGGCAUGGCUGAAGGAGGGUUGGGACCAGUUCAAGGAGUACUAUUCAAUUGGUUGUGGUUACUUUUUACUCUUCCAAUAUAAUGGAAACUCUCAUUUCUCUGUCUCCAUAUUUGAUUUAAGUGCUUCCGAGAUUGAAUAUCCUUCUGGCCCAAGUGAAGAUAUGACACCAGAGAAUUUUGUAAAGAUAGUGGGUGAUGCUAGUCAUAUAAAGAAGGAAGUUGGGCCUGAGACAAACAAUAAUGCAUGUGAUGACAUCGUGGACGAUCUUCUUAGAAAGAAGACUGCAAAAGUUACAAAAGUAGCAGAUCAUUCAUAUCCAAGAAGACAAAGGUCUGGUGUUCCAGAAUGGCAGGAUCCUAUCAGGGUAAACCUUGAGAAACCAGACGUGGAGGAGGAUUUGUAUUGUGCAACAGAUAAAGAAAAAAGGAAGGAGAUUAAGAAGGAGAAACUUGAAAAACAAAACAUGGAGAAGAAUUUGUACCAUGCAGCAGAUAAAGGAAAAGCAGAGCACUGCAAAGAAGUACUAGAUCCCCCAGCCUCUAAGAUGACAAAUACUAGCAGAUGCAAUAAAAGGAAAUAUUCUACGAGUUUGGAAGCACCACAUUGUAGGCAUCCUCUACGAAGUAAAAGUAAACCGGUGGAAGUGGUGAAGCUUGACCAAUCAAAAACAGAAGGGACUAUGCACUGUGUAAAACCAAAGAACACAGUAGUUGCAGAUUCUUCACAUUCUGGAAGACAAAAAACUGCCGCUCCAAUAUCCUGUCCAGAAACAAUAGAGCCUAAGACAAAGCCUGAAAAAGUGAACUUGGAAGAGGAUUUCCAUUGUGCAGCACCAAAAGCAAGAAGGGGGGAGACUAACAUGGAGAAACUUGAAAAGCAAGUUGUGCAACAGAAUGUGUAUGCUGAAGCAUAUAAAUUUAAAGAGCACUGCAAUGAAGUACCAGUAGUGGAUUCCUCAGCAUCUAAGAUGACAACCACUAAUCAACAAAGUGAAAAGAAAACUACUAUCAAUUUGGAUGCGUCAUGUUGUAGGUAUCCACUGCGAAGUAAGCAACUGAAAGAGGUAAAGCUUGAAAAACGAGACACGGAAGAGGACUUGUUUUGUGCAGCACAAAAAGCAAAAAAGACAGAGACUAACAGAGUGAAGCUUGACAAAGGAGAUGCUGAAGAGCACUGCAUUGAAGUACCAGUGGUGGAUCCCUCAGCACCUAAGAUGACAACCACUAAUCAACAUACUGAAAAGAAAACUGCUAUGAGUUCGGAUGUGUUACAUUGUAGGUAUCCACUGCGAAGUAAGCAACUGAAAGAUGUGAUGAUUGAAAAAAGAGAUUUGAAAGAGCACUGCAAUGAAGUAUCAGUGGUGGAUCUCUCAGCAUCUAAGAUGAUUACCACUAAUCGACAUACUGAAAAGAAAACUGCUACCAGUUUGGAUGCAUCAUGGUGUAGGUAUCCACUGCGAAGUAAGCAACUGAAAGAUGUGAAGAUUGAAAAAAGAGAUGUGGAAGAGCACUGCAACAAAUUACCAGUAAUGGAUCCCUCAGCAUCUGAGAUGACAACCACAAAUCAACAUAGUGGAAAGAAAACUGCUACCAGUUUGGAUGUGUCACGUUGUAGGUAUCCACUACGAAGUAAGCAACUGAAAGAGGUCAAGCUUGAACAAUGGGGAGGAGAGAAGAAUAUGCAUAAUCUAAAGCCAAAAAAUAAAGUAGUCGCAGAUUCUCCAUAUUGUGAAAGGCAAAAUUCUGGCCUUCCAGCAUCCUCUCCAAGUUUUCACCCAGAAAAAAAGGAGCCUAUCAGGGUGAAGCUUGAAAAGCCAGACGUGGAAGAGGAUUUGUUUUGUGCAGCUCAAAAAGCAAAAAUGAAGGUGAUUAACAAUGUGAAACUUGAAAUAGGAGACGUGGAAGGUAAUUUGAAUAGUGCAGCUUAUAAAGUAAAAGCUUCUGAGAUGACAAAUACUUGGCAAGAAAAAGGCUAUACCCUCAUAGAUGCACAAUGUUCCAAAUUGGGGAAUCCAUACUUCAUUGUUUCUAUGCAGCCGACUCAUGUCUCAAGAAAUUUCCUCUUGAAUAUACCUGGUAACUUCUUCAGGAGAUAUUUCAAAGAGGAGGAAGCCUUUGUCAUUCUGCGAGCUUCUGAUGGGAGAACUUGGCGUGCAAGGUGCUCUUUCCAAUCAAAUUGUGCGAGGAUCCACUCACCAGGUUGGAGAGAAUUUGCACUAGACAACGGUUUAAAAGUGCAUGACACUUGUGUCUUUGAGCUGAUGGAAGGUAUCGAGCUAGUGUUAAAUAUAACAAUUUUCCGAGCUGACUCCUGUUUCCUGAAAGACAAUCUCCCACUUUGCGGGCAAGGUAGGGAUAGUGUCACUGUACUUUAGCUUUAUCCAUCUUCUGUUGAUCUUGAACUCUUCUUGAAGGAGUUAAAUCUAUUACAGAUGAACACUGAGCUCAAGGAUAUUACAUGUAUUUCCUUAAUUCUAGUUACUUUCUUAUGAUUGAGCUCACCUGUAUUAUGUGAACUUAAGUAUCCUGAGAUGAUAAUUUGUUUUUGGUUUAUAUUUCUCCUUA